CCUCCAGGCUCAGCCAUUCAAGAUGCAAGGUGUCCUGGUGGCCUUCCUCUUCUUGAGCUGGACUCAUUGUCGGUCCCUGCCCCUUCCUGAUGGUGACGAUGACGAUUUGUCAGAGGAAGACCUCCAGUUUGCAGAGCGUUACCUGAAAUCCUACUACCAUCCUCCGAUUCUCGCGGGAAUCCUGAAGAAGACGUCAGCAAGUUCCAUGGUUGACAGGCUUCGAGAAAUGCAGUCUUUUUUUGGCUUGGAAGUGACUGGCAAACUUGACGAUAACACCUUAGAUAUCAUGAAAAAACCAAGAUGCGGGGUCCCUGAUGUGGGUGAAUACAAUGUUUUCCCUCGAACUCUCAAAUGGACCCAAACGAAUUUAACCUACAGAAUUGUGAAUUACACCCCCGAUAUGACUCAUUCUGAAGUUGAAAAGGCAUUUAAAAAAGCCUUCAAAGUUUGGUCCGACGUGACACCUCUGAAUUUUACCAGACUUCACGAUGGCACUGCUGAUAUCAUGAUCUCUUUCGGAACUAAAGAGCAUGGUGACUUCUACCCAUUUGAUGGACCCUCUGGUCUGCUGGCUCACGCUUUUCCUCCUGGACCAAAUUUAGGAGGAGAUGCCCAUUUUGAUGAUGAUGAAACCUGGACAAGUAGCUCCAAAGGCUACAACCUGUUUCUUGUUGCUGCCCAUGAGUUUGGCCACUCCUUAGGUCUUGAUCACUCCAAGGACCCGGGAGCACUCAUGUUUCCCAUCUAUACCUACACUGGCAAAAGCCACUUUGUGCUUCCGGAUGAUGAUGUACAAGGAAUCCAGUCUCUCUACGGUCCAGGAGAUGAGGACCCCAACCCUAAACAUCCCAAAACACCAGACAAAUGUGACCCAUCCUUAUCCCUUGAUGCCAUUACCAGUCUCCGAGGAGAAACCAUGAUCUUUAAAGACAGAUUCUUUUGGCGCCUGCAUCCUCAGCAGGUUGACGCAGAGCUGUUUUUAACAAAAUCGUUUUGGCCAGAACUUCCCAAUCGUAUUGAUGCUGCGUAUGAGCAUCCUUCUCAUGACCUUGUCUUCUUCUUUAGAGGUAGAAAAUUUUGGGCUCUUAAUGGUUAUGACAUUAUGGAAGGUUAUCCCAAAAAAAUAUCUGAACUGGGAUUUCCAAAAGAGGUUAAGAAGAUAAGUGCAGCUGUUCACUUUGAGGAUACAGGCAAGACACUCUUCUUCUCAGGAAACCAGGUCUGGAGGUAUGAUGAUACUAAUCAGAUUAUGGAUAAAGACUAUCCCAGACUAAUAGAAGAGGACUUCCCAGGCAUUGGUGAUAAAGUGGAUGCUGUCUACGAGAAAAAUGGUUACAUCUAUUUUUUCAGUGGACCCAUACAGUUCGAAUAUAGCAUCUGGAGCAACCGUAUUGUUCGAGUCAUGCCAACAAAUUCCCUACUGUGGUGUUAAGUGUCUUCUAAAAAUUAUUAUUUAAAUCCUGAAAAGCACCUGAGAUAAUACUUCCAGGAGUGUGGGAGCAAGGGGGAGGAGAGAUAUCAGGGGAAAGCUUAGUUCUGUGAACAAGCUUCAGUAAGUUAUCUUUGACUAUGUAGUAUCUAUAUAACUAUACGUGGCUGGAACCACACUGAAGAAUUUUAAAACAAUGAAACUGAGGAUCUCUAAGGAGCACCUGAUUCUUGUGAACUUUGCAGAAGCAAUGGUUGAUACUAUUCCCUGCACCAAAAAUGAGACGUGUGGGCUGUCAAUAAGAGUUAGCGUAAUUUUAAAAUAUAUUUAUAAAGAAACUUUACAAAGGCAUAAAAGUAAAUCGCAUUUAUAUAACUAAUGAAUCAUCCUUUCUAAAAAGUAUAAAAUUGUGUGAAAAUUGAAUGUAGGGGAGCAUAAGGUAGCCAUAUGUAAAAUAGAUAAAUGAAAGGGAAAUGUCUGUAAUAAAUAGAUUGUGGACAACUU